GCCAACUAACCUCUAAUUUAAUCGCGGCCUUGAAUUUUGUCCUUAACGGUUUGCGGUUUUGAUUCUUUCGUUGUCAGAAAAAAAAAUUGUCGUGAUGGCAGGACGCGUGAACGAAAUCAAGGAACAGAUCGACCGAUCCCUCCACGAUAAAUCCAAACCGUGGACAGGGCCCCUGGCAAUGUUGGAACAAAAAAUCGGGGUGGACAGAAUCUACAUUUUUAUCGGCACUGUGGCUCUGAUUGCCUUGUGGUUGGUGUUUGGAUUUGCUGCACAACUUGUCUGCAACGUGGUUGGAUUUGCAUACCCUGCAUAUAUAUCCAUAAAAGCCAUUGAAUCUUCCUCAAAAGAUGAUGACACCAAAUGGCUGACUUACUGGGUUGUCUAUGCUACCUUCUCUAUCCUUGAAUUCUUUGCUGAUACUAUUGUAGGCUGGUUCCCACUUUACUGGCUUUUAAAAUGUAUCUUUAUGGUGUGGCUAAUGAUCCCAACCAACUUUAAUGGAUCAGUUUUAAUCUAUAAAAAACUUAUCAGGCCAUAUUUCCUGAAACACAGCUCUAAAAUUGAUGAAACUGUGGAGCAAAUUAAAAAAUCCACUGCCAAACUUUUAGAAAAAGAAAACUAAAAAGCACACCAUAAAAUAAAAAAUAUUGCAUAUUAUAAACUUUUUGUGGAUUGUUAAAAAUUAAAAAUUUGCCAUGUAGUAUUUAAGUGUUUCAUCUUUUCACGAAUUUUUUAUUUAUUUCUUUUCCACUUUAUUUUUUCAGCACAUUUUUAUUGUGGAUGGUUUUUAAAUGUUAUACCUAUACCUAAAUAAAUGUAU